UUGUCACAAAAACAUACGUUUUGUGAAAGUUUAUCACUUACUCUUUCCGCAGUCUCUCACUAUUUCCAUUGUCUCUCUACUCUCCCAAAUUUCUGCGUUUCUCUAUUUUUCCACUGCGCCAGCAUAAACUUUUUCUUGGCAUAAACUACGAAUUUCAAAUAAAUAUGAGAAGAAUUUCGGGGUUUUUGAGAUCUCGUCAUGAUCCUUUUAUUGGUUUUCACCGCUUUCCUAGCGUUUUUGUUCCAUGAAUUGUACUGGAAGCGAAGAAAUUUGCCGCCCGGACCGAUUCCGCUCCCGUACAUGGGAAAUAUCCUAACAAUGCUAAUGAACAAGCCGGGAUAUGAGUGCUUCAGAAAUUGGACUAAAAAGUAUGGAGAUGUCUAUACUUUCUGGAUGGGAAAGACCCCAUACGUGAUGAUCAGCUCCUACGACUUGUUGAAAGACACCUUUGUCCGGGAUGGUGACACUUACAAGGACAAGUACCCCCAGCCAUUUAAUCAAAAAAUUCGUGGUGGAAAUUAUGGAAUCGUCGAGUCAAAUGGACAUUUAUGGAACACUCAUCGCAGAUUCGCCCUCACCACUUUACGAGACUUUGGGCUCGGGAAAGAUCUGAUGCAUGAAAAGAUUCUUAUAGAAGUUGAAAACAUUUUCAAGAAGUUUGAUGCUCAGCUAGGCCUGGAGCAAGAUGUCUCAGUAGUUAUGAAUAAUGCCAUUGCAAAUGUAAUCAAUCAGAACAUUUUCGGUUAUCGAUUUGAAGGUGAUAAGGAGGAAGAUUUUAAGAAGCUAAGGGAGCUCAUGGAGUACCAAGAGACUGCGUUUGCCACGUUCAAGGUCUAUGUUGAAGCUUUUAUACCAAAAGUUGGAGCACUGCUUCCAGGAAGAUCAUUGGACGUGCUAUUAGAAGAAUGGAGGGAUAAUUUCUACUCUUUUUUCGACACUCAAAUCGAAAACCACCGCAAAAAAAUCGACUUCGACUCCCAGGAAUCCCUGGAUUACGCAGAAGCCUAUCUGAAAGAGCAGAGAAAACAAGAAGCUUUAGGAGAAUUCGAGCUCUUCUCCAACAAGCAACUCUCGAAUACCUGCCUGGAUUUAUGGUCGGCAGGACUGUCGACAACCUACACAACAGUUACCUGGGCUCUUGCCUAUGUCUUGAAUUCGCCGGAAGUAUUGGAGAAGAUGAGAUCCGAGUUAGAUGAAGUUGUUGGAAAAGAUAGAUUCGUGACAACCGCUGAUAAGAAUGAUCUACCUUAUAUGAACGCGGCUAUCAAUGAGGUUCAGAGAUGUGCGAACCUUUUGCCGGUCAAUGUUGCUCACGCAACAACCAGGGAUACCGUUAUCAAUGGGUAUGCAAUUAAAAAGGGGACUGGAGUUAUUGCACAGAUCAGUACAGUGAUGCUUGAUGAGAAGGUCUUCCCGGAUCCCUAUAAAUUCAACCCUGACAGAUUUAUAGAUGAGCAUGGGAAACUUAUCAAAGUCGAGCAGCUGAUCCCAUUCUCAAUCGGAAGACGGCAGUGCCCAGGAGAAGGCCUUGCUCGGAUGGAAAUUUUCCUUUUUGUAGCGAACUUCUUUAAUCAUUAUCAGAUCUCCCCAUCAUCGGAAGGGUUCCCGUCCAUCGACAAAAGCGACAGAGUUGGAGUGUUCCCUAAGAAGUUCAAGGCAAUUUUGAAUAGAAGAUUCUACGGUCCCUCAAAGGAAAUCUGAAAUCAAUUUGUCCUGCCUUACCUUGUAAUUUAUUGCCAUUUGAUCUUAAAUCAGCCAUGUCUUGUACAAAUAAAACUUCACCU